GCGACCGGCGUCAUUUCCCAUUCCUACAUGACACGGUAACUAGUGCGGCGAGUAUGCUAUGAAGUGUUACUGAAUUAAUCCACACACGUAAGAAUAGUAGUGUUGAGCAGCUGGUUGCAUGAGUUAAAACGUACUGCUCUGUACCCCGCUUCCUCUGCCAACCGAUUUUGUUUUUCACGUCGCCAACUGAAUUGGAGUUUUGACCGUCGGCGAUCCGCGUAGCGCUUAUUGCUCCGAUCGAGAUGUACACACGAAGCAGGCAAAACCAGAGCUACGGCAACGGACGAAAUCCAAACAAUCCCCAAGGCCAAAACCAAGGCCAGAGCCAAAGCCAAGGCCAAGGCCAAGGCCAAGGAUCUUACAUAAUGCCUUAUAAUACACAAGGAAGUUACCAAGCAUCGCAAUCUACGUCCAUUCCACCAAGCAAUUAUAAACAAGACAACAUGCAAAACUCACAAGGAUUCAAAUCACAGCAGCAACAGCAACCGCAACAACAGCCACCGCAAAUCCCGGCUGCAUCAACACGGCCAAUUCUAGUACCACCAAUGGUAUCUACGAAACUACUUCAAAAGCCCCAACAACAAUCACAGCAGCAGCAACAAGGACAGCAGCAAAAGUUACCAUUACAACAGCAGCAACAGCAGCAGCAGCAGCAGCAGAAAUUACAACCGCAGCAGCAACAGCAACAGCAACCAAUGAACCAACAGGCCAUGCAACAACUACUGCAACAGUCGCAGCAGCAACAGGCACCAAGUCCAUUGCCACAGCGAUUGAAGCCGAUCUUAAAGCAGAGUACAGCAAUCGCACAGCCAGCUAGUGUUGCACAAACUACACCUGUGACUUCUCAGCCUUCUGUGCUAUCUUCUUCUCCAAGCUCUACUAAUAAUAAUUCUGAUGUUACGGAUGACAGUUUGAAACAACUUGACAACAUAGAUUUGGACUUGCAAGAUGUCCAACCAAGGUGGCGAAGAAAGGUACCUGGAUUUAAAGUAAAUAAAAGAUUAAAGCGUCUUCGUAUGAACCAACGUCUAAGGAAAACCUUACAACCCAAAAAUGCAAUCAUGGUAUUAAAUGAGAUGAAAGCUGGAGUCCAAUUUACAUUCCCUGAGACACAAGGACCCAUGCCAAACUCACUUUAUCUCGUUCAUGCUGAACUUGAUGGUAAAACUUACGUUGGGCAAGGAUUAUCUAAACCACUUGCUCGUCAAAAUGCAGCUGAAAAUGCAUUAAAAGCUUUACUACUUGAAAAAAUGACAGCAGCAUCUAUGAAAGCGAGUAUAGAUGCUGAAUCAGAUGGGCAAGCUAAUUCAUCUAUGGAUGGAAUAAAAGAAGAAAAUACUGAUGAUAGCAACGCUAUGGACACAACGAGUUCUGAAGAUGAGAUACCAUGGAGUUCAUUGGCCAGUUUUGCACUUUAUAAACUUUUUCUUGAAUGGCAUAAUCAGGGAACUUCAGUUCCAGUCCCACGACCUGGUUUACCAACUACAAAAGGGACUAAGAAAGAGAGUCCUAAUGCUGUUAAAACUCCCGCUCAAAAGGAACUUCCACCUAAUCCUACAAAUAUACAUCCAGUCAUGUUACUGAAUCAAAUGAGGCCUGGACUAACAUAUGCCGAGCUCAGCCGUGUUGGUAAUCCACCAAAUACAAUGUUCACUCUGGCUGUUGAAAUUGAUGGAGUCGAAUAUUCAGGAACAGCUAAAAACAAGAAAGAUGCCAAGAAAGCGGCAGCUAAAGCAGCAUUAUUGGCAUUAUAUAACUUGACUUACCCAGAGGAUACUAAUAAACCAGAGUUAAUGGCAAUCGGUUAAAGUGAAUAAUAUCUUAUUCAAUAUCAACUUGUCAAAAUAUAAUACACACAGAUGGUUUCUAUUUAAUUUAAUUCACAAAAUAUCACCAAUUGUUUUUAGUGAAUUGACAUUGCUGUAGCAACUUGUAUUAUUUACCCAGGUUGACAAUCUUGAAUUUUUUUGCAUAAUUCUUUUGCAUUUUUAAUACAUGGUUGUUAUCACAUGUCAAAAUAUACAGAUUGAGCCAUAUAACUCAUAAAUCUAAUGACAUCUAAUUUCUUGUGAUGUUAUUUCCUCUGUAUAUAAUUUUCAGUUUUAGGAGAAUCAAUUUAUGCAACAAAUUAUAAAAAAAAUUAAA